GCGGAGAGAAGCUGAGCCUCGGGGCGGCUUCCCCAGCAACCAGCGCCCUGCCUGGCCGGAGACCCUCGCCCCUCGCCCGGCGCAGGGACCCUCGCUCGUCCCCUCCUUCCUUCCUUCCUUCCUUCCUUCCUUCCUUCCUUCCUUCCUUCCUUCCUUCCUUCCAUCCAUCCAUCCAUCCAUCCUAGGCAGGCUCGGGCUUUGCGCCCCUGGCCAAGCGCUCUUUUGUCUGCGGCUGGCCAGGAAUUUCGCCCCGCUCCCUUGCGAGGAAGGCAGCCAGCCAGCCAGCCUCGGCCGCCGCGGCUCCUCCUUCCCCGGCGAGGCUUCGCCCAGCCUCUCCCGCUCGCUCCUCGCCCACCCGGGCUGCCGACCAGCCGCGCGCCGCCGCCGCUGGAGAGCCCCGGCGGGCGGCUGCUGGCGCUGCUCCUGCUCGCCCAGGGAGACCCUCGCCCAGAAAUCUUGGAUGGAUGCUUUGGUUGAAUCCCAAACCUCGAUUUGCUGAAACUCGCUGAAAGAAAUAUUCACCUGAGGAAUGUCCUUGAAAAUUCCUUGGGCAACAUUCUGGCCGUUACUCAUUUAGAACAAGCUGUCAUUGGAAGGCGUUCUCCCAACAGACCACACAUCCUUGGGUCUUAUCAGUUCAGGAGGCAUCGAUCUAAUUUGCAGGGUACAGUUUGAUUCUCCACCGGCACUUAGAAAGCCACGGAACUGCAAGCAAACAGAAAACCACAAUAACGCAGCCCUUGCUCAUUAAAUGUACCUGCUUCGUCGGAAUCCCACGAAAAACAGAAAAUAGGAGAAAAGCAUAAAAGUGGAUCUGGGAAUGGAGAGACCUUUUCGCCUCUCAAGCUGUUAAUAUAUUAGCAAAUGAAGAAGUCAACGCACGUCAGGACGUUUGCGAGGAGUACCCAGUGGAACCAUGGGCACAGCAGCUGAUGGCUUGGGGAACAUAGCUAUAGACACAACGCAAUUUAACAUGUCAGUCACUGAUCCGUCAGCCUGGGCUACCGCAAUGAAUAACCUAGGAAUGGUACCUGUGGGAUUAACUGGACAACAGAUCGUGACAGAUUCGAUUUGCGUAAGGGGCUUUGACCCAAACCUCAGCAUGAUGACGGGAAUCACUCCGAUUAACCCCUUGCUGUCAGGCAUGGGACUCGUACCUCAGCCUCCCCCAACCGAAGCCCCAGUCAUCAAGGAGAUUAUUCACUGUAAAAGCUGCACUCUCUUCCCUCCGAACCCAAACCUUCCACCCCCUUCAACCAGGGAGAGGCCGCCGGGAUGCAAAACUGUCUUUGUCGGUGGGUUACCCGAAAACGCCACAGAAGAAAUAAUUCAGGAAGUCUUCGAACAGUGUGGGGACAUCACCGCCAUUCGAAAAAGCAAGAAGAACUUUUGUCACAUCCGUUUUUCAGAAGAAUUCAUGGUUGACAAAGCCAUUUACCUUUCUGGAUAUCGCAUGAGGUUAGGAUCCAGCACCGAUAAGAAGGACUCCGGCCGUCUUCACGUCGAUUUCGCUCAGGCCAGAGAUGAUUUUUACGAAUGGGAGUGUAAACAGAGGAUGUUGGCGCGAGAAGAACGCCAUCGUCGCAAAAUGGAAGAAGACCGGAUACGUCCCCCUUCGCCUCCCGUCAUCAUGCAUUAUUCGGAACAUGAGGCCUCUUUGCUGGCAGAAAAAUUGAAAGAUGACAGCAAGUUCUCCGAGGCUAUAGUAGUGUUACUCACCUGGAUCGAACGAGGGGAGGUGAACCGGCGCACGUCCAACCAGUUCUACUCGAUGGUGCAAUCGGCCAACAGCCACGUCCGUCGACUCAUGAACGAAAAAGCCACGCAUGAACAAGAGAUGGACCAAGCGAAGGACAACUUUAAGAAUGCUUUGAUGGGCACCCUCACACAAUUUGAGCAGAUUGUGGCUGUUUUCAACGCCUCCACACGACAAAAAGCUUGGGACCAUUUCUCCAAAGCUCAACGGAAGAACAUAGAUAUUUGGCGCAAGCAUUCCGAGGAACUCAGGAACGCUCACAGCGAGCAGCUGAUGGGGAUCAGAAGAGAAGAAGAGAUGGACAUGUCGGACGACGACAGCGAUGAAAAUCCCAGUAAUAAGAAGCUGAGGAUGGAGGAUUCAGCCUUAGCCGUUCAAGCUUACGCCCUGAAGGAAGAGAACGACAGUCUCCGAUGGCAACUCGAUGCCUACCGCAAUGAGGUGGAACUUCUCAAGCAAGAGAAGGGCCAGCUGUUUCGCACCGAGGAGAGCUUGACAAAAGAUCAGCAACUCCAGUUUUUGCAGCAAACGGUCCAAGGAAUGCAACAGCAACUGUUGAAAAUCCAAGAAGAAUUAAAUAACAAGAAAUUGGAACUCGAACAAGCAAAAGAAGAGCAUUCCCACACGCAGGCCAUGCUGAAGAUCCUGCAGGAACAGUUAAAAAAAAAUGCCAAGGAGUUGGAGACUAAUGGCCAUGACGAAUCUCAGGCAAACGAAAUCAAUGGGUUGACAGCACCGUUGGUCAACCAAGACAGAGAAAAGAAUGCAGAGAAGCGAAGCCAGCCACUAAAAUCAGAGAAAGAGGCUUUGUUGAUAGGUAUCAUAUCAACAUUCCUUCACGUUCAUCCUUUCGGAGCUAAUAUUGAAUAUCUCUGGUCGUAUAUGCAGCAGCUGGACUCUCGGAUCUCAGCAAAUGAAAUAGAAAUGCUUUUGAUGAGGCUUCCACGUAUGUUUAAGCAAGAGUUUUCCGGUGUCGGAGCCACGCUGGAGAAACGGUGGAAAUUCUGUGCCUUCGAAGGGAUUAAAACAACUUGACCAGGGUUAGAUCCAAUUCUGAACCCACCUGGGAAGAACGUGUUACGGACCGCAGUGGCAAAGGCGAGCUGAAGUAUUAAAGGAGGAGAAUUAGGUUUGGCUCAUCCCCUUCCAAACCUGGUUUUAGUUGCAUUUGUGAUGUCCUCUCGUGAAAAUGUAGUCGUGUGCCAGUUCCAAAAAAAAAACGAAAAAGGGAAAAAAAGCCGCUCCUGAAAUGUUUCCUAUGAAAACUCAAACCAACCAAUAACUCUACAAUCAUAAUGAUCUCAUUAUUUAAAGUACGCACCUAUUAUUAGCUCACCUUGAGCCAACUGGAAGCUCCAGCAAUGUCUGUGUAUGAUAUGGUAGAUCUUCCUCCAAAAUUUCAUGCCUAAGAGUCUUUCCGUUUCAUAAGAAGACAAAAAAAAAAAAACGUAAAUAAAUAAAUAUAAAUAAAAAUCUGAUUUCAUAGUGAGAAACGAGUAUAUACCAAAAGCGAACUUGAAAACAAAACAAAAAAAAAAUGUGUUUGAAAAGUUAUUUGUAUUUUAUAAAUUAAGUUCUAUCUGCUCUACUAGGGACUUAUUGCCUUAUUGCCAGAGGCCUGAAAAGGAAAAAAAAAUACACACACACACAAAUGUGCUUGGAUUCUUUGACGAUGCUUUAUGCAGAAUAUUAUUUUUCUAACGUCACGAUUCUCCAUUCUCAGUUCCUUUAACAUGGAUUGCAUAUCGAUUUUCAUAAACGUGUAAAUAAAGAGGAAGGCAGUGUUACUGUAUUGUAUUUGGUAUGUAACAUUCAGGGUUAUGUAUCUGAAGAUAAGUAUCCGGUUGCAUUACUGUUACAGAUUUUAUAGCAAAUAUAUUGAAUUUUUUUUUUUCCAAUAAAUAGGAAUUCUACCACA